CUCCUUCUUUUCUUGUGUGUUAUAUAUUCUUCUAUCUAUUAUCAUCCCCCUUCAUAUCACCUCAUAUGAUAGAUCAAUCAUGCCUCCUUCUUCUUCAAUGAAUGGUCGUUCGUCCAAUUCAUCUUCACAACCUAAACAAUCAACCUUGUUCGGUUUCUUUGGAAAGCCAAAUGCAGGUCCAGCCCCACCUUCACAACGAUCUGUUCAACAAAAUACUCCUGGCAGCAAAUCAAUCGCAAUAAAAAGUGCAUCUAGCAAUGGUAAAGCUCCAAAUGUACCAACACCACCACAAAGUGUGCAAAAGAGCAACGGUUAUCCUUUGCAAAAUUCAUCUUCUUCCAAUACGAUGAAUAGGAAUGGUGGCGCACAUUCAUCUUCUCCUUUACGUGAACGUAGCGAAGGAAGAAUCUCAAAUGCGGCAAAUCAAGGCUCUACCAAAUCUUCAUCAAUGCUCGAAAUGACACCACCGUCAUCUUCGCCGCCAAUCACAACUCUCCCUGCUAUAGAUGAUGAUGAGGAUGAAGAAAUGGUCACGCGUGUUCCCCGCCGUAAGGCAGCUAUCAAACGUCAAGUCAAUUACGCAGAAUCAGACGAUGAGUUUGGACUUGGCGGUGGACAGGAUGAUGAUGACGAAAAGGAUCAAUAUAAACCAGAAAAUGAUCGUCCGGCAAAGAAAUCCAGAGUGCAGGAUAGUGAUGAUGAAUUUGAUGAUUUCAUUGAUCUAGAUGAAGCAGAGUUGGAAAAGCUAGAGAGCAAUGCUCUCAAAAGCAAGCAAAAGAAACAACCCGCAGCAACUCAGCAUGCUCGCCCCUCUGCGAAACCGUCAACUUCAUUUGCCUCAAUGACCUCAUCAGCGCCUGUACGCCGUCCGAUGGCAGGUUCAUCUUCUGCUGCAAGCUUGAAGCCAAAUCAGAGCAAAGCACAGUCACCUACUGAAGAGCCAUACGAAUUUUUGACAAAUCCAAAGGAUAAGGAUGGAAACCCGCCCAAUCAUCCAGAUCACGACAAAAGGACGCUGCAUAUACCCAAAGCAACUUACGAUACACUCACUCCGUUUGAGAAACAAUUUUGGGAUAUCAAAAAGUGCAAUAAUGAUACUGUACUCUUUUUCCAAAAGGGUAAAUUUUAUGAGCUAUACGAGGAUGAUGCCGUCAUUGCACAUCGCGAAUUUGGCUUAAAGAUGACGGACCGAGUCAGGAUGAAGAUGGCAGGUGUGCCUGAAUCUAGUUUCGACGCCUUUGCCAACAGAUUCUUAGCACUUGGCUACAAAGUCGGACGUGUGGAUCAAGCGGAAACAGCAGUUGCAAUGGCUAUGCGCAAAAGUGGAACAAUGGUCGGCAAAGGUCCUGCCACUGCCGGCGGCAAUGACAACAAAAUUGUUCGUCGAGAAUUAAAGCAUAUUUAUACGAACGGAACAAUUGUGGAUGCAAAUUGCUUACCCGAUGAAAUGAGUAGCUAUUGCGUCAGUAUCAAGGAGGUCAUUUUUGAUCCGAAACAAAAUGGUCCUGCCGGUGAUAAAGACGAUGAUAGUUUAUCUCUUGUGCCUAUCUUUGGAGUUUGUUUCUUGGACGCCAGUACCGCCGAAUUCAAGAUGAGACAUUUCGAGGAUGAUGUUUCGCGUACCAAGUUGGAAACCUUGCUCCGUUCUUCUCGAAUCAAGGAAGUUCUUCAUGAAAAAGGAGGCAUUUCUCGACGUACUUUACGUAUUCUGAAGAACACUGUUGCACACGAUUGUAACAUCACCAUGCUCAAGCCUCACGACGAAUUCUUGGAUGCAGAACAAACGCUUCGAAAGCUCAAUCUGGUAUAUAACCCCAUUUACCAAAAUGACGAGCACGCAUCAAAGAAGUCGUUGGAUUCAGUUGAGCCUGUGGAUGUCUCGAUUCUUCCCGAAGCCAUUCAGCAAGUGUUGGAUACGCCAGAAGCACUGAGUGCCUUGGGAGCAAUGCUGGCCUAUCUGACUCAAUUGAAUUUGGAAAAGGAUAUCUGCGCCAGCAGAAAGUUUGACAUUUUUGAUCCAGCAAUUAAUCAAACUUCUAUGCUUCUGGACGCUCAAUCUCUCACUCAUCUUAAUGUUUUGGUCAAUGAACAAGGCGAUACGCAAGGAACACUGUUGAAUCUUGUCAAUCGAGCAGUCACGCCUUUUGGCAAGAGAUUGAUGCGCAUCUGGCUGUUGACACCUUUGGCGCAAAUUUAUGCAAUCACUUCCCGUCAAGAAGCCGUAGAGGCAUUGCUUGGUGAUUCUUCUUUCCGUGAGGAUUUUGACAUCUUUGCUAAAUCUUUGCCAGAUAUCGAGCGUAUCAUGCCACGCAUUUAUGCAGGCAAUUGCAAAUCUGCGGAUUUCAAUCGUGUUCUCAAAUCUCUUGCCCGAUUUGAUGAAAAUAUCACCUUGUUCAAAGAGCGGGCUGGUGCGUUUGGUACAGAUGUUGUUCAAGCAUUGUUAGCCAGUAUUCCUCCUGUAUCAGAGUAUGCGCAGGAUAUUUUAUCGAAAUGUCAAAAGGGCGAAAAUUUCGAGCCAAAGCCAGGUCAUCAUGACUCAUACGAUCAAGCAUGCGACAACUUGGACGAAGUGGAACGCUCGCUUGCGGCAGAGCUUGUUGAAGCAGCUAAAGUAUUGAAAUUAUCAAAGGACCGUGUCAAAUUCAAAGACAUUGGCACAAACGAGAUCAGGCAAGUUGAAGUACCAAUCAAAGUGAAAGUGCCGGACACAUGGUCAUUGGUUUCGCAAACACAAAGCGUGAAGCGAUAUUACCCUCCAAAAGUACGUCAACUUGUCAAACAGCUCAAAGAAGGAAGGGAGACAAAACUGGUCGCAUUUAAAGAUUUCCAAGCAAGUUUGUUCGAACAAUUCCAGAAAAAUGGAGAUCAAUUCUUGCAAGCCGUGAAAGGGAUCGCGGAAAUGGAUUGCUUGGUAAGCUUAGCCAAAGCAUCCUAUGCAAUGGGAGAACCAUCUUGUCGUCCGGAAUUCGUGGAAAGCGAUACAGCAGUUGUCGAUUUCGAAGAAUUACGCCAUCCAUGUAUGGCCAGCACCUCCACGACAGAAUUCAUUGCCAAUGAUAUUGCUCUGGGAGGAGUUCAACGUCUUUCGGAUCGUGAUGAUCGUGAUGAUGACGAAGGACCUGCACGAGUUACAAUUCUCACUGGUGGUAACAUGGCCGGUAAGAGUACUACUGCUCGUACUACAGCAACUGCCGUUAUUUUGGCGCAAUUGGGUUGUCGAGUCCCAGCAUCUAGAGCUCGUUUGAGUCCUAUCGAUCGUAUUGCAUCUCGUAUGGGCGCAAAUGAUCAACUCUUCCGUAACAAUUCAACUUUCAUGGUUGAAAUGCUGGAAGCUUCGCGUAUUUUAAAGGAUUGCACACCUCGUUCGCUGGUCAUCAUGGACGAAUUGGGACGUGGAACAUCUACCUUUGAUGGUCAAGCAAUCGCAUAUGCUGUUUUGCAUCAUUUGAUUGGACGAACUCGCUGCUUGUGCUUCUUCUUGACGCAUUAUACUUCUUUGGCACACGAAUUCGAAGGUCGCUAUGGUGUUGCAAAUAAACACAUGCAAGUUUUGGUCGACAGUGAAAUACGCGAAGUGGUAUUCACGUAUAAACUUGUUGAUGGCAUUGCUGAAUCUUCGUACGGUACUGAAGUUGCCGCUUUGGCUGGUGUUCCAAUGGAGAUCUGCGAUCGAGCAACCAAGAUUUCCCGCGAAUUUGCAGCUACCACCAAAGAAGCCGAAAAGGAGCGUAUGCGAAAGAUGGGCGAUGCAUUAUCGGUGGCCACUUUGAGUGAUUUCGCAUUGAUUUUCAAAGCAGGAUCGGGAAAAGAAGUCAAUCAAGACAGUCAAAAGAAGAAAGAGAGCUUCAAUGUGGACGAGCAAGCAUUGAAUUUUAUGAGAAAGCAAAUUGCCACCGUUAUGGCAAAUCGCAGUAAUGGAGUGGAAAAUGGAGUUAGCAUAAGUGCGUAAACGUUUUGGUCGCGGUUUUGCUUUCAUAUACCUUUCUAUCGCUUGUGUUACCUUUUCAAUCACAGAGAUAUCUUUUAGCACACAUUAUCAUGAGUAAUGACAUUGAC